AUGGCUGACCAACCCACCGACGACGAUCUGAAACGAGCCAUUGCCAAAUUGAUUCCCACGGUGGAUUUGCAAAGCACAGGAAUCAAAGCCUUCAUCAAACUGCUGAGCAAAGAGUUUGGAGGCGCUGAUCUCAAGGCCAGGAACAAAUUCAUCAAGAAGGCAUUGGAAGAGGCCAUUAAUGCCAUGUCCUCUGACGAAGAAGACAGCAAUGAUGAUGACGAAGAAGAAGAGGCAGCUGUGGAAGCGAAAGCAAAAAAACCCAAGGGAUUGGCGCAAAAAAAGAAAAUUUCCAAAAAGCUAGCAGCCUUUUUGGGCAAGGGCGACACCAUGGCGAGGACGGAAAUUGUCAAGGCGCUCUGGGAAUACAUUCGAGAACACAACCUUCAACAUCCUGAAAACAAACGGGAAAUCAUUUUGGAUGACAAGAUGAAGGAAGUCUUUGGCUGCGAUCAAUUCUCCAUGUUUGCCAUGAACAAGUACAUUUCGGUUCACGUUGAUCCCUUCAAGCCACUCGAUUUGACCACCAAGCCAAAGCCCGAAAAGAGCAAGACGAAACGCAAACGCGGCUCGAAGGACGAUGGCAAACCCAAGGCCAAACGCAAGGCUGGCGCCCAACCACCCUAUCGUCUCAGUCCCGAACUCCAGCUCGUCGUGGGCGGCAAGGAAAUUUUGCCGAGACCUCAAGUGGUGAAGGCCCUUUGGGUCUACAUCAAGGCCAAUGGAUUGCAAAAUCCCGAAAACAAGCGAGAAAUCUUGUGCGAUGACAAGCUAAAAGCAAUCAUGAAUGGCAAGGACAAGGUCACCAUGUUCAACAUGAAUUCCUUUGUGGGACAACAUUUGGUGGAAAAAUUGGACAAGUCAGCCUAUCAACAUGAGGAUGAUGCGGAUGCCGAUGCUAAAGAUACCAAGGUAGCUGCCGUGGUAAAGGAUGAAGAGGUUGAUGAUGACGAUGAUGAUAACAAUGAUGAUGACGAUGAUAAUGAUAACGAUGAUGAUGACGAGGUGGACGAAGUAGAAGAAACGGGAAGUGACACCGAAGACGAAGAUUGA